UAAGCGUAGGAUCGGCAGAAGGAAAAGUGGAAGAGUGGCUCCGCCAGUGUUACCUGGUGUUACGUGCCGCGGAAUUUCUAUCCGGUCAAUCAGUGUGCUGUCUCCUUCCUGCCCUUGAACGUUCGGCUGGACGGUGCCUGCGCUUGCUACCUCUUGUAGUGACAACUGACAGAUUGAGGAGUACAACACAAAGCCAUGUCGAGUCCGUCGUUGAAAGACCUGCCAAAAGUAGCCUUAGACUUGAAAAGCGAACUAGAAGGUUUCAAUCAUGGCUGCAUGAAGAAAGCUGCAACAGCGGAGAAAAAUGUUUUACCUUCUGCCGAAGACGUGCGACAAGAGCGACAACAUUCUGAAUUAAUCCACGAUGUGGAGUCUUUUAAACCAGAUCAGUUGAAACAUGCCGACACGAAAGAGAAGAUUAUUUUACCAAAUGCCAAAGAUGUAGCCGCGGAGAAGACUCAACAAACGCUGAUGUCGGGCAUCGAGACAUUUGACCCGACCAGUUUGAAACACACUGAAACUCAAGAAAAGAAUCCGCUACCUGACAAGGAUGCGAUUCAGCAGGAAAAGGGAAAGCAGCAACUAAUCUCUGGAAUUGAAAAUUUUGAUCCUGCGAAGCUAAAACACGCCGAAACGCUCGAGAAAAAUCCCUUGCCUACCAAAGAAGCAAUCGACGCUGAAAAAAUAGCUGCUUAAAAAGGGAACUUUAAAACCGGAAACACAGAAAAGAAAGGAAGCAGCGACUCGUCAUUUCUUCCAUUUUCUAUAUCGUGAAAUUUUAUAACAAUUUACUCAUACAUUGUCCACAGGAAAAAAAAAGAAGAAUGCGACACACACUGUGUUAAUGUAAUCUUAUGAUUAUACUUAUCCUACCGCCAUGAGCGUCCCUUUCGGCGAGACGCACAAGUCGUUUUUUACAUAAAAACUAUUAACAAUGAAACGACGAUGAAGGUCGGGCCCAAACUUAAUGAAAAAAAAAAAAAAAA